AUGGAAGACAAGUUAUCUUCAUUUGUCUCAAAAGGUCUGAGUGCAGUCUUACUCCCGCCCCUCGCUCAUGGAUUUUCUAAUGAAGGUGCUAUAGGUCAUCCUACUUUCAAAUUUAUCGGAAUUCCACCUUUAAACCUUUACCCUUGGUCAAGUAACAACCUUUCUUGGAUGAAGCGACGCUUAAACCACUGCCGAAAGGAUCACCCCGACUGCAACGAACACCUUCGCAAGCAGCGUCGUAGAUUCGUUAUACCUAAGCGACUAAUCGAUGCCGGCCCAGUUGAUGCACCUAUUGUCCGUCUGGUUACGUCCGACUCUGCAACUACGUGGAAGUAUGCCAUCGCCAGUUACGCUUGGGGCACUGGCUUGCAAGGAGACGCUAUCCGUCAAACUCAAACAACACAGGCGAACGUAGAAUCGAGGAUGGAAGACGGCAUCCAACUCGCAAAUUUACCCAAGACCAUUCGAGAUCUGAUUCAAGUGACUCGACAUGUCGGCUACCGUUUCAUUUGGAUUGAUGCUUUAUGCAUUGUUCAAGAUGACGACUACGAGAGAAACCAUCAAUUAGACAGAAUGGUCGAGUUUUACAAGCAAGCUGACGUUCUUGUCUCCGCUGCCAGUGCCUCACACUGCGAUGAGGGAUUUUUAAAACUCAGAGACGCAGAUAAGUGCUAUGGAUCCAUCUAUGAACUACCUUUUGAAUUGAGUCUUGGAGACCAGAAUAAGAAAGGCUCCGUAUUCCUGUGUGAAAAGAGUCUCGAUAGUGCUUCAGACGAGGAGCCUGUGCAUAUGCGAAUAUGGACAUGGCAAGAGCAUUUGGUCUCUACACGUGUUCUCAGUUUUGGCUCGCGGCAGGUUCGAUGGAAAUGCCUCCGAUCUAACGCGGUCGACGGUGGUGACCCCUCUUUCGAAAUUGGCAGUCCAGAACACAUGUCAGACCAGGCAUUCUCAGGUUCCCCGGAUUCUUUUGAGUCUAAUGAACAAAUCAACUGGAGAUUCCAAGCCUGGCUGAAAAUUGUUGAAGAAUACUCGUUCCGCAAAUAUACCCGGGCAAGUGACAGGCUACUUGCUUUCUCCGAGUCAAUAUCGCGCCUCGCACCUCUUGUCGGCUGGCCGAAGUCAGAAUGCUAUGCAGGAAUAUGGAAAACUGACGCUGCUCGGCAAAUUCUUUGGAGGAAAAAAUCCCCAUUGGAUCUAGAACAGAUUGAUACGGAACAAAUUUCCGGACCUUCGUGGUCUUGGGCGACAUUACCGGACGGAGUGUGGUAUGAAACAGGCGUCGAAUUACGGACUUUGAACGACUCAUUUAAAAUGAUAGAGGUUGUUGAGGACAGUGAGGGACAUCUUCGUCUUGAUAUUACGGGAUAUAUCCGGGAAGCAUACUGGCACGGCUCUAUAGCCGAGCAAGUUAUGAUGAAUCCACCCAUCCCAUCGCUUAAGAAUGGAAUAUACGUCAAAAUAGCAUGGGACGUUUAUCUACGGCCCCAGCAAGUGUGGUUACUUGAUGUGGCACCUUACUACAGACCGCGCAUGAGUCUAGGGUUAGUUUUGGUGAAGGUAUCUCAGGAUCCAGAGCGUUUCGUACGGCGGGGGCUUUUCGAAGCAGGAGAUCUUCAUCACGUGCCGAACAACGCUUGGGAGGUUCCGAUCGUGCUUAGCUCAGAUCAAGAAGGAGAGCAUCGAAACAUUUCCAUAGUGUAG